CUUGAUAGCUCAAUGAUGUUGCGACUCCAUGAACAGAAAAAUGUGAUUGAAAUGUGGGCCAACCAGAUCCAAACUAGUUCGUUCAGUAAACUUGAAAUACUGAAGGUUGGAUCUUGCAACAAUUUGAGACAAGUAUUCUAUCUUUCCGCGGCUAGGGCUCUCAUGCACCUCCAAUACUUGGAAAUAGGAAAUUGCCUGGCAAUGGAAGAAGUAGUUGUAAAGGAAGAAAAAAAAGUAGUCAUGAAGGAAGAAAAUGAAGCAGAGGACGAACGGAGGAUGAAUGAAAUUUUGUUCCCUCAAUUGGGACAUUUGGAACUUGACAAUCUACCCAAGCUAUGGAGUUUUUUUCAA